GCACAUAACACAGUGCCGCUUAUAUCGAUCUCCCCUAUAAGUAGACAUCCAUGCUGUGUUUAUGCAGCAUCAAGAUACCAACCAAGUUGAGAAGAUUAAGUAAUAGGCUUGAGGUCCAUUCAGCCGGCUGGUCCAUCAACGAUGAGCUCCACAGAUGUCCCAGCUAGCACCGACGGCCUCGCCGGUGAGUCGUGGCAGAAGUCAUGGCCAGAGGUGGUGGGCAAGUCCAUAAAGGAGGCCAGAGAGAUCAUACUCAAAGACAAGCCCGACGCCGACAUCGUCGUGCUGCCAGCCGGGUCGCCGGUGACCCGGGACUUGAGGCCCAACCGCGUGCGCAUCUUCGUCGAUACCGUCGCCGACACACCCUUCACUGGCUAGCUCUAGCUUUGCAAGCGCAAAGAAAUGUAUGUGUGCCCCAUCGAUGCAUGCGCAUGAAUAAGUUUUUAGUAGUUGAUGAAUAAAUGCUGGCAUGUCGAGCAUCAGCAUGGCAUGGAUUUGUGUAACUUUUCGUUUCGUCUACCUUUUAUUGAGAGAGAAUCGUUUCAUCUACUUAUGUGUACGUUGUUUGUGCUUUGGACUAGUUCCUGUUUGAAAGAGUACUAGGUUUGUAUCUGAGUACUCAUUAUCCACAAAAUUAGAGAAUGGCAUGCGCUACCUAGUCCUUC